ACUAAAGCGGAGCCUCCCGCGCCGUAUCUGUGCGCCUGCGUACUUUGACCCUGCGCGGCCCGGGAGGCGGGUCUUAGCUCCAGGUGCGUACGGCCGCUGAGGUGGGGGACCUUCGAGGUGUGGGGAGAGGACGCCGCAUCCAGGUGUAGAGCGGCGUAGUGCGGAGGCGAGAAGAGCGGGUCCGCCCGUCUCCGGCCCGGAAAGUGGUUUCUGCCGCUCGCUGGAAACCUCGGAGUACCGGAUCUCGAUCUGUGGGGGGCGGGGUCCUUGGAGGGGACUGAGCGCCCCCUCCUGGGAACCGGUGGUCUGGUCGCGAGACCGCUGUUGGAGCCUGAUUGGUUAGCGAAACAGUCCCCGAACCCCGGGGUGAUCCCUUUUUUUGGGAGGGAGUGGAGGGAGGGAGGGGGCGCGGGGGGAAUCCCCGGCUUGGUACUCCUGCAUCUCCUGGCAUCGCUGGGCCCCUUCCCUAGUGGCUUAUGUCCCUUGUCCGGGGUCAUGGAGACACGGCAGCCACCGCGGCGGCGCCUCUGUCUGAAGAAGGGGAAGUGACCUCCGGCCUCCAGGCUCUGGCCGUGGAGGACACCGGAGGCCCCUCUGCUUCGGCCGAUAAAGCCGAGGAAGAGGGGGAAGGAGGCCGGGAGGAGGCCGAACAUGAGGGGUCCAGGGCCGAGGAAGUGCAGGGAGAAGCCCCCAGCACUGAGGGGGAAGAGCCCGCCCAGGGAGACUCCGAGGACUGGUGCGUGCCCUGCAGCGAUGAAGAGGUGGAGCUGCCUGAGGAUGGGCAGCCCUGGAUGCCACCUCCCUCCGAAAUCCAACGGCUCUAUGAACUGCUGGCUGCCCACGGUACCCUGGAGCUUCAGGCAGAGAUCCUGCCCCGCCGACCACCUACGCCUGAGGCCCAGAGUGAAGAGGAAAGAUCUGAUGAGGAACCCGAGGCCAAAGAGGAGGAAGAGGAAAAGCCGCACAUGCCCACAGAAUUUGAUUUUGAUGAUGAGCCAAUGACACCAAAGGACUCCCUGAUUGACCGGAGGCGCACCCCAGGAAGCUCAGCCCGGAGCCAGAAACGGGAGGCCCGCCUGGACAAGGUCCUCUCGGACAUGAAGCGGCACAAGAAGCUGGAGGAGCAGAUCCUCCGGACCGGCAGGGACCUCUUCAGCCUGGACGCAGAGGACGCCAGCCCCCCCAGCCCCGCGCUCCGGGCCUCGGGAAGUAGCCUCUUCCCCAGGCAGCGCAAGUACUGAGCGCCUCUGCCUUUAGGGUGCAGAGUCCUGACCUGCUGGCCCUCCCUCCCUACCCCGGGGGCGCUGGGGCACCUGGGAGGAGCAGAGACCCUGCGAACUCCCAACACAGCACCUUACCAGAAAGAGGACAUGUGUAUGUGUGUGUGUGUUUUCUAUGGAACCGUUGUUUGGACACCUGGGCUGAAUUUUCUGAAUCUAAAAUAAAAAAAGAAAAGUAGCA